UGGCUCAGAAAAAUGAGGAGCAAAGGCUUAAGUAAGAACAAGAUGCGAUGACGGUUGUUGUCAAGUCAUGGUCUGGUCCUCCUCCUGGAUGGGCUCAAAAAUGCAAUAUCGGCAUCUAUCGUGAUAAGAGUCAAAAAAGAAGUGGGGCGGCUUGGGUUUUGAGAAAUUAACAAGGCAAGGUCUUAAUACAUAGUCGUCGUGCCUUCUCGAACAUCCUAUCUAAAGAAGAAGCGAGUUUACAUGGUCUUAGAUGGGCUAUCGAGAGUAUGCACGAUCAUAAACUCAACAGACUUAUCUUUGCGCUGGAUGAUGACACUUUCACGAAGGUGAUUCUAAGACCCAAGGCGUGGUCAAACUUUAGAUGCCAGCAGUUGGAGCUUAUGGAAAAAUUAAGCAAAUUGGAGUGGUGGAAAUUGGUGAAAGAAGAUAGAGUAAUUAAUAAAGGAGCUUUCCUCAUUGCUCAAUGUGUGAUACAACUUGUUAUGCUUAAUCUUAUGCCGUUUUGGAUGGCAGGCUUCUUUGAGAAUGAGGAAAUUGAUCCCUCUAUUUAGUUGGAACUUUGAGUGGAUGGCUGUCAAGAUUUUUUUGGGAUGCAUCAAUGGUAGUUUGUGAUUGAUCUUGGAUAUGGCUUUAUUUUUUAGUGGAAGUUUUAGUAUGCUUGGCUGUUUUGAGCAUCUUAAUCUGGAUAUAUUUUGUUUAUGUCACUCUUCCUUUAUGUUUCAAGCUUUCAAAUUAAUCUAUCAGAUGACCAAAAAAAAGGAUUGAUUGGUAACAUUCCAAUUCCCAAAUGUAGAUUCAAGUAAGGUCUAUCAGCAUGCGUAUGGGUAAAUUUACAUCCGGAUCCGUGGCGCAAUGGUAGCGCGUCUGACUCCAGAUCAGAAGGUUGCGUGUUCGAUUCACGUCGGGUUCAAACUCCCCGAAACUAAUUCCGGAAUAUCUUUUUGCUAUGUGCCUAUGUCUAGUUUUGAGGUGACUGGUCUCAUCUCUGUUCCUCCUAUCUGUAGCCUCCAUAAAUCUUCCACUUCAGUUCCCUGAGCAUAACGAUGGACCGGUUUUGGGCUGAUUAAGGGCCUUUGGUACUCUCAUAGGCCCGUAUGUUUCUUAAACCCUUCAACUAGUUACGGAACCCCCUUGAUUAAUACGCAAAGGCCUUUUUUUCUUUACAAAGAACCACCGUGAUCAUCUGUUGACUUCUUAAUUUCAAAAAAAAAAAAUCUACUUACUAAAUUCGAUAGAUUGAAAUACUAAUAAUUAUAUUAAAUUUCAAUCUCAUCCACUUGCAGUGAAAGAUAAUGUUAAAAAAAGUAAAUAUCUGGCUAAAAAAAUAAAAUAAAAUACAAACUUUCCUUUGCGCAAUGCAGAGAAAAUUAAAUGAAAAAAAUUUAGGAUCGGUUUGUAUUUAAAAUCCAACAUCAGAAAAAAAAAAAAAAAAAGAAAAAAAUAGACAAACAAACACAUCGGAGGAGACGAAUAGGCAUUUGUAAUAAAAAAAACAACAGAGUUCGGACAUUUUUUCGAUCUCUUGUUUUCCUGUCCAAAAGGUAGCAAAUUUGUGGGUUUCUCGGAUCUGGGAUUCUCCCCAAUUUGAUGUUUCUGAUUCUUCUUCUUCAGACAUUAAAUUAGGCUCUGUUCUUCGCCUUUUUUUGCUUAUAAUAAUCAUUCGGUUAGAAUUUUCCGACAAAAUAUUCCAAUUUUGCGACAAAAUAUUCCAACCUUGAAGUUUCCUUAUGGAUUUGCGGGUUCCGAUUCUCUUCUUCUUAUUGAGUACAAUAUACUUUCCUUCUGUCUUGGCUUCAUCGUCCCCUGUGGACUUUUCCGUCUGCAAUCACGAAUUCGAGCUCUUCCGCUUCGAUUUAGACUCCAAAUGUCCUCCUUCUCUCCAUCCAGCUCCUCCUCUCCAGGUAGAUGGAGAGACACUUGACAGGUUAAUGGGUUUGAACUAUGAUGCGAAUGGUUAUAUGUCUGUGCUCUUUUAUGCUUCCUGGUGCCCUUUCUCACGCGCUGUGCGUCCUAAGUUUGAUAUGUUGAGUUCCAUGUUCCCUCUGAUACAGCACUUAGCUGUCGAGCAUUCUCAAGCACUCCCAUCUGUCUUUUCAAGGUAUGGUAUCCACAGCUUACCUUCAAUCCUGAUUGUUAAUCGAACUUCAAAGGCACGUUACCAUGGUCAAAAGGAUCUUACAUCCCUCAUUGAGUUUUAUGAGGAAUCUACAGGUCUCAAGCCUGUCCAGUACGUGGCAGAAGCUGAACCAACAACCAGCUUAGACUCCACCGAUGGUAACCUGAUCACAUGGUUACGCAAAGGGACAUCGAUCAGUGAAAUAUUCAGACAAGAUCCGUUCUUGGUUCUAUCUCUGCUGUUUAUCUGUUUACAAAUGGCAAUCCUCGUCUUCCCCAUAGCAGAAUCUCGCAUGAAAGCGUUGUGGGCUUCUUACGUUUCCAAUCUAAACCUGGAAAGGUUUGGAGAGAUUAGUCAACUGUUCAGCCGCGCUCUUCACAUGGUCGAUGUGAGGAGGCUGUGGUUGAAACUAAGACUCGUCAAAACAAGGAACUUUCAUGAGAGGGCAAAGAACGCACAAGCCUGGGCUUCAUCGCUUGCAUCUGUCUCUCUAGGCCAAGCUUCAUCAGACCAGUCCUGAUCCCUUGAAGAGAUCCUUCUAGUAUUUAAGCGUGUUCUUGAAACCUGAGAGUUUCCCUUUACAUGGAAUGUUAUAUUGACUUUCUGAGUUAAUUUGUCCAUCAAAAGCAUGUAAAUCCAGGAACAGCCUUGUUUCUGUCUGUGAAUAUCUUUUUUUUUCUCUUUUUUGUUUUUUGAAUCUGAGUCUGAGAUAUAUGUUUUGACCUCAUUUCUUUUACUGAAUAAUUUUUGUUGAGUCGGCUAAACUUUCUCUGAAUCUUCAGAGCAA